ACUUGGGGUAAAUUUCAAAUUAUAUCUAAUAUAUUAAAUGUGAAUUUCAUAUACAUAUCAAUAGGUAAUGAUUUGAAAUUUAUCAUAGCAUCACAUAGAAUUGUUAAUAAAGCAUCAAGUAUUAUGACGCAAGGCAAGCGACGAUGUAACCAAAAAACAACUAGAUACCAAAUGAGCUAUCCUAUUAACAUUUUGACCAACAAACAUGCGACCAUAUGCCAGAAAAGACUCUAAUUAAGGACCGGAGUUUACAAAGGAUUGCUCUUCCCCUACCUUACCAGUUGUUGACGAUCGAAUUCAAGCAUUAAUCAAUGACUACUUUGGCAUCACCACCAAGAGAGAAGAACCCAAAUUGAGAAUUGAGCCCAAAAUUAUAUCAUUCCUGACCAGGCCCAAUCUAAUUUAGACCUCGGUUUUGGGGAUGUAAUAAGACUUAAUCUAAAAUAAAGUAGUUUGUUACUCCGAACGAGCAAUUUUUUGAUUUUGCCAAACUUUGAAAGGCCAUAACUUUUAGCUCCUCAAUCCGAACGUCGUAAAGUUUUUUUUGAUUGCGCAUAACUUUUUAAGAAAUACAAAUUUUACUAGGAAAGAAUUUUUUAAAAAAUAAAUAUUUUUGGGUAUACGGGAUUUUGGCAAUAACUUUGCCUUUACUUUUCACAAAUUCACAUACUUUCCAAAAUUAUGGUUAUAAUCAAAGUUGUAGUCCUUCGAAAUUUAUGCGAAAUCAAAAAAAGUUUUAUGACAUUCGGAUUGUGGAGCACAAAGUUAUGGUCUUCCAAAGUUUGUCCUUCACAAAGUUGUAGUCCUUCACAAAUUGCUCGUUCGGGGUAGCAAACGAAAUUUUUUUGGGAUGAAGACUUGUUUCAGAUUGAAAGAUCUUGAAAAGUUAUGUGGAAUCAAAACAAAAUUCGCUACAAUCGGAUAACCGAGAGCAAAGUUACGCGGCCGUCAACCGCGGUGAUGCAUUCACCGCUUUGGUCUGCCGCGGUGAAUGCAUUCACUGCAGUUGACAACAGCGGUGAUACCCAAACAUGUGUAUUUUGAGAGAAAAUUUUAUAACGGGUGUAUUUUGAGAAUUUGUUUUUAAAACAUGUGUAUUUUAGGAUUUUUUUUUUUCCCGGUUUUGGGCUAAUAAUACAGUAGUUCUGAAUUCUAAUCGAAGCGUGGCCUACUCUAGAAUUCUGGCGUACUUCGACUUCGCUACCGCCGUCGAAUCAAAAGAGGAACGAAGAAGCAAAUCGCGAAUAAGCAUAUCUCUGCUCUGCAUUACUAGAUCCCAAGCUGUCCUUCUUGUAGGAAGCCUAACCCUUCAGUGGAUAACGAUCUCGAGUUGCUUUUUUCAAUUCAGUUCAGCGGGGAAUUACUGGCUGCAAGCAGAAUGGAAGCUCUGAAAUCGGCCAUGGACCAGCACUUGGACCAAAUGGCGGAUCUGGUUCAGAAGCUCUCUUCCGAGCUCCGAUCCGGCCUCCAACCCGCUUACGAGAAUUUCAUGGGUUUCUUUCACGCCAUUGACUGGACGGAGCCUUGGUUAAUGGGGAUGAUGGGAUUCCAUGUAUUUCUACUGCUAGUAGUUAUAUUCUCUAGGAAGAGCACUAAUUUCCAGAUGGGGCUGUUCCUUCUCACCUUGGCCGGUGUACGAUUUGCUGAGAUCCUGAACAGAAUACUUAGAAACAACUGGAGGAACUUUGCAACCCAGAACUACUUCGAUCCGCAUGGCCUAUUUCUUUCAGCUGUCUGGUCAGGGCCUCUGCUCGUCAUUGCAUGUCUAAUCUUGGUAAACUCACUCUUCAACCUCUGCUACAUGAUCGUGAGGUGGAAAAGGGCGGAGCUUAAACACCGAGCCAGACUUGCUCGUGAUAAGCAGGAAUGAGAUGGAUCGACUUCUUCGUUUAGGAACAACAAGGAUCAUACGAAGAAAGCUAAUACGCUUCCCUGCUGGAAGUGUUUGCAGUUACGAAAAAGAAUGCUACUGAACUCUUUCGAUUCGAUUCUUCGCUCCAAUUUGCUGUAGUUAUUGGAAGGUGUAGUAAAUUGUUGAUACUCGACCCUCGAUUCAGACUCAACUACUGGUUAGACUGAGCUGUAGCUCUCCAAUUUUGUUCAGAAUCAUGGGCUUCCAUAUCUUGCUCUGUAUCAUAUGUCUUGAUCAGCUCUUCAAUGUUGUAGUUAUAGAUGUUUUCUACGAACCAAAGAUGUAAGAUGACUCUGACCACGUAACUUAAUAUGCAUCUACCCCGCCGCCUCACCUUAUGUGCCCACCACCGCACCUUUUCGGAAAAUCCACCGCCACCACGGCCCUCAGGUACUCAAGUACAUUCAGACAACCUUCAGACAUUGAUAGCUUGACGAACAAUAAGGAUAGUUCCUGCGCUAUCAUCUCUGUUCAAUCCCUUGAGACAGUGUCAGUAGGAAUUCAGACAUUGAUAGCUUGACGAACAAUAAGGAUAGUUCCUGCGC